AUGGAUACUUUCUCAACCUCUGUUUCAACCCUCAAAAUCUCAUCACUCCCACCAUCAUCAUCAACAAAUCACUUCACCCCUCAUCCUCAUGCUAUCUCUCCACGACCCAAACCCCAUUUCUCUUCCACUUCCAAACUCAACAACAGCAUAGCCACACAAAAAACCAAACCUUUCUCUCCUUCUCUACCAUUCUCUUCCUCAAACACCCGCAAACUAUCUUCUCCAAUAUUCCAUCACACUCCUGCUACUGGCUAUGCUGCUGCAAUCAUAGAUGUAGCUCAAAAAACCAAUACCCUUCACCCAGUUCAAAGGGAUGUUCAGAAACUCUUGAAAUUCCUCAAAAAAUUGAAAUUUCAAUCAGACGGUGGUGGUGUUGACCCUUCGGCGAUGUUAAUGAAGGUGGUGGAACAGGGAAAUUUUCAAAGGCACGUGGUUGUGUUGGUGAAGAUGCUGAUGAAGAAAAACAAAUUGGAAAUUGUUGAACAAGUGUUGGAAGAGUUCGUGAGGAUUUAUGAUGAGCUGUGUGGAACUCAAGUUGUGUUGGUUUCAUCAGAAAGAGAGAUUGGGGAAUAUGAAAUGUUUGGGAUUGCGAAAAGUGUGCACAAACUCAAUGGAGCAAUUAGGGUUAGGGUUAGGAAUUUGGUUCAACCUUCUUUUGCACUGUAAAACUCAAAAUCAUGAAUGAUAACAACAUUUUUACCUGUAAUAAAUGCAAAUGCAAUUUUACAGAA